CUGUCUAGGAUGCACUGGCAACACUCACUCAGACGCUAAACAAAAAAAUUGACCAGAAAAAUAAGCAACAUGGAAACAGCGGGGCCAAGUGCAGAAAUUGAACUACUCGAACGCGUUUUAUUGCGUCUGGGCAAUGCGGACAGCGAUGAGAAGCUAGAAACGACAGUGGGUAAAUUUCUGACGCCCGUCAUCAUCAAAAUCAAUUCGCCGCACAGCGUAGUACGCUCUAAGGUGGUCGAGGUGCUGACACAUAUAAAGCGACGUCUAACAUCACGAGGCCAGGUGCAGAUACCAGUGGAAGCACUCCUCGAUCAAUAUGGAGGAUCAGAGAGCACCACAUUCCUUAAGAACUUUGCCAUCAUUUUCAUUAGUAUGGGUUUCCCUCGCCUGCCGUUGGAAGAGCAGACAAAACUGGCGGCCAAGGUGUUGGGUUGCGAAAGCAAACUGGAGAACUAUCAGGAUAAGCUAUUCAUGCUUCUACUGCCCAUUUUGAGUGAAAUGAAAAUACCCGAUGAUCCGGCACAACGUGGAGAUUUGUUUAAGCUAAAAGAGAAGCCGGCAAUUUCUGCCAGUUUCUUAGCUUUACUGCAGGAUGUGCUUCUGCUGCCCUAUGGCGUCACACAGGAUCAGGAUGUGCCACCUGGACUAAGUCCUUACAGCUUUAAGCGUAUCAUUGCUAACAAUUGGCGAGCCGAGGAGCUGGAGAAGAUCAAGAAGGGCAUCGUGCGCUUUUUGUGCGGAGGAGUUUUCGCUGAUAAUGAUAUAUUUCCUCUACUUGUGGUGGCUUCAGCUGAUACGCGUUUCAGCGUGGCCACGCCUGCCAUUGCUGAGUUGAGUAAAUUGUGCACCAUGCUGGAUUUUAGUAACCCAGCUGUGACAUCUCCUCUCUACACGCUCUUCAUUGGCAAUCAGCAUCAGUUGACGGAGCGGCAAACGCGUCCCUGUUGCGCUCGAGUGCGCCAAAAGCUGUUGCAGUAUUUGGUUAAGUGUCGAGGCAAGGGUAUCUUUGUAGGCAAGGGUCUCCAAGUGAUCUUCGAUGGACUCUUUGGCAACAAUACCAAUCAGAAGUGUAAGGUCCUAGCACUGCAAUUCGUGGAGUUGGUGCUACGGGACGGCCCACAAGAUGUCGUCUCUAAGGUAUCCAAAGUUCUGCUAACUGGCAUCACAAAAGUCAUUGGACGCGACUCUGUAGAGCCGAACGAUGUACAAAAUGCAGCGUAUUCCGCCUUAGCUCAACACGCGCGCAGCUUUCCAGAGGAUGUUAGCCAAGAUUUGAAACUAGUGCUGGCCUACUUUAAUAAUCUAGCGACUUGUGCACCCGACUUGCAUAGCUCAAUACGCGAGGCGUUGGUCUCCAUGGCGCCAGCAUUUGCCUGGCAAACGAAGACCAAAUCAGAUGCCAUGGAUGUGGACCAGCAAGGCGAUCCAUCGGAGGUGCAGUUGGAUGGACAACAGCAUCUGCUACUGGCCAUGCUACUCGACAAUGCCGAGUCCAAGAUACAAAUUGUCCAGAACGUAACGAGUGUCUUCCUCACCAGCUGCUAUCCAGAGUUCUAUGCACCGGCACGUUAUUUGCUGCUGCUUAUUGCAGGCGAACGCAACUCCUUGAGAGAGAAUGUGACUACCUAUUUGUAUGGAACUUCGAAGAAGGAUCAUGUCAACUAUAGCAUGCUCUCUUCCAUUGAGCACACAGGCAAACAUACUAGCGAAUCGAUUAGCGACUUUAAUCAUUUAUCACUCGAACAACGACGCGUCCUGCUGCCCAGUUUUCAUGCAAUGAUGGCCCAUGUCCAUGAGAUGGCCAACAAGCGACUGAAGAAGAGCAGCUGCUGUGUGGUUAUUGGACGGACCAAGCUGCCCUAUAGUCUGGAUGUCUACGAGGAGAUACUCGACUACCUGCGUCUCUGUCUCUGGUAUUCGGCGGGCAUCGUCGCCGCACCGGGCGAUGAGAAAUAUACUCAUGAGCUGCGCAAAUAUAUAAUCACCAACUAUGACGAGGAGGAAUCUAAUGCACUGCAACAAUAUUUACUCUUUGUGCAGCGCGGCGUGGAAGCUAAGCGAACUGAUUCAACGCUACUAUGUCUCUAUGACCUAUUGAAUGCGGCACCCGAGAUAUUUGCGCCCAAGCAAUUGCAUCUACUGGAGCCGUUGAGCAACUCGCUGAAAGAUGUUUCCGAAGUAAUGCGUCUUAAUGUUGCCCAGGUCUAUGGCAUCCUCUGGGCCUACGGGCUACCAAAUGAUAAAUUUGAUCAGGAGAUCGGCGAUUGUCUAAACACCUUAUCGCAGAAAUCACUUGAGCAUAAGCAUGGCUGGCUUUUGGUGUUGGGUCACAGUUUCAAUCGCAAAAUUGACCAAUUGCGGGAGCAAAAUAUAAGCAAGGAUUAUGCCAAUUGGACGGAGUUUGUAAAUGCAGUAAAAAUUAUUGCGAAAAUGCUAACCGAGUCCCAGUGGCUGCUCAUCUCAGCAGCUGUAAAAUGCACCUCGAUGAUUGGCAAAGUGGUUGAGAUACCCAAUGUGCCAGUGGAAAUUCAAUGUGCCACUAGCAACAACGAUGACGACGAUGAUGAAGAAAUGGCCGAAACAGAGAGCAUUCAAAUUUCCACGAAGAUGAUCAUAUUCAGCGUCGUUUUCCAACUGCUGCGCAGCACUUCCGUUAGACAAAGGAUUCGAGAAGAGGCAGCCAAAUGCUUGGGCUAUUUGGCAAUUGGAGAUGGCGCCCACUUUACUAAACGCAAUCUGGAAAAGUUCCUAACGCUGACCAAGGUGCAAAAGGAUGCAGCAUUGAAUAUUGCCAUCUCGGAGGCAAUUGUCAGCACAUUGUGUGGCUACGAUGUUAACAAGGGUCCGCCCACGGAGACAUUUGUGAAUGUGCAUUGCAGCGAUGCAGAUUUCGAGCAGUUCUUGAUUGCCUUGAUACGAUUGGUUAGCGAACCCAAUCCUCAAUCGCGACAGGCCAUCUCAGUUUGGCUGCUCGCUGUGGUCAAGCAUUGCAGUAAGCGACCCGCAGUGCUCAACAAAAAGCAACUGCUGCAGUUCGCCUUUACGGAGCUGUUGUCGGACGAUAGUGAAUUCGUGCAAGAUGUUGCUUCACGUGGCUUGGGCUUGGUUUACGCCCUCUCCGAUUCGAAUUGUCAAACGGAUCUGGCUAAUUCUUUGCUCGAUCAGUUGAUUGGCGGCAAGAGGCAGGUGAAUCAGGUGACUGGCGAUACCGAACUCUUUGCCGAGGGCAUGCUGGGCAAGACGCCAACAGGCGGUAAUAUCACCACCUACAAGGAACUCUGCUCCCUUGCCUCCGAUCUCAAUCAGCCCGAUAUGAUCUAUCAGUUUAUGCAGCUGGCUAAUCAUAAUGCCACUUGGACCAGCAAGCUGGGUGCGGCGUUUGGCUUGAAGACGCUCUCUGCGGAGUCGCGGCAGAAGAUGCAACCCUAUUUGGGCAAGAUAAUACCACGUCUCUAUCGUUAUAAGUACGAUCCGACACCCAAAAUCCAGAACUCGAUGAUAUCCAUAUGGGACACCAUUGUCACGGACUCGAAGGAAGUAACCGAGCAAUAUUAUUGGGAGAUUCUGCGCGAACUCCUCGACAAUUUGACCAGCACGGAAUGGCGUGUGCGCAUUGCCUGCUGCUUGGCUGUGCGGGAUUUGCUUAAGCGUUCAAAUGGUUUGCGCUUGCGCUCCGAGGAGAAGCACCUGACAUCGACCACUGGGACGAUUCGUCGGGUAACGCCUGAUACCAUGGAUGUGGACGAGCUGCCUGAGCCGGAGCUGCGCGAGCUUUGGUAUCAGCUAUUCCGCGUCAUGGAUGACAUACACGAGGGCACACGCAUGACUGCCCAAGGCACAGCCACAUUUCUGAGUAAGCUAUGCGUACUAGCCGCCUCCUCGGAGCAUGGAAAGUCAGGCACUGCCGUCGCUGCCUCAAUUCUACCCUUUCUACUAGAGACGGGCGUGGGUCACAAGGUUGCAGAAAUACGCAAGGUCAGCAUUAAGACUAUAUCGGAAAUGAUUGACUCGUCGGGUGCUUUGAUUGCACCGCAUCUUGCCACUCUCAUACCCUGUAUGCUGCGCGCUACAGGCGAGCUGGAAAACACCAAGCUCUCGUAUGUGUCCACUCGUCUGGGCGCCGACAAUGAGGCACAGGAAGCUGUCGACAGUCUGCGCGCUGAGGCAGCCAAGUCGCAUCACACCAUGGAGACGAUCAACAAGUGUGUACGCUUCAUUGAUUACCCCGUGCUAGAGCGCAUGACCCCAGAGCUCCUCGAGCUGAUGAAGACCAGCGUGAAUCUGGGCACCAAAAUUGGCUGCGCCCACUUUGUUUGCCUGAUUAGCAUACGUCUAGGCAAGGAGAUGACGCCCCUGGUGGGCAAAUAUUUGGGUGCUUGCUUUGGCGGUAUCAAGGAUCGCAAUGCUACGGUGCGCAAAUAUAAUGCGAGUGCCAUUGGACAUCUCAUGGGACUGGCCAAGGAACAAUCGAUUAAGAAUCUUUUUGCCAAACUGGACGAGCUGUAUAUGGAACAGCCAAACAAUCGGUCCAUUGCAUUGACCAUACAAUCGAUUAAUAAGCGACACCAUGAACUGCUCAAGGACUACAUGGACUGCUUGCUCCCGUUGAUCUUCUUUGCCAUGCACGAGGAGCAGAACGAGGAGAACAAAGCGAACAUUGAGCUGUGGAAGGAUCUGUGGAUGGACAUUAGUCCAGGAGAUGCGGGCAUUCGAGUCAAUUUGCAUGUCAUCCUGCCCAAGUUGGAGUCCUCGCUAACCGAUGCGAGUUGGUCGCGAAAGGCGCAGGCAGCCAAUGUCAUCCAGAAUAUAGCAGUGCGGCUCGGCAGUUCUCUGGAGACAGCGGAUCGAGUGCGGCUCAUCAAGCUGCUGCUUAGUGGACUGCAGGGACGCACCUUCGAGGGCAAGGAGCGGCUAUUGCAGGCGCUGGCUGCAUUAUGCAAACACCUCGAUCGCCAGCACGAGAUCUGUCCGAGCAUCAUAGAAGCAGCCAUGCGCGAGGCACGUAAACAGGAGCCAGUCUAUCGUACUAUGGCAUUAGGUGCGCUCGGCGACAUAUUGGAUGUGCUGGAGGCAGAUCGCUUUGAGGAGGUUUGCAACAUGAUCUGGUAUUUGCUGGAGAAGAAGGAGCUGCGCGCCGUUGACUCAGAUGAUGAUGACGAGGCUGGCUGUAGUGGCAUUGCUCGCAAGGACUUAACAGCCGAUGAGCGCAACAAACGCGCCCAAACGCUUAACAAAUUGAAGGAAGUUGUUUGGGAGACCCUCGGCAAGGCGUGGCCCAAGCAUGCAAUCGAAACCCAGCACAGAUAUCAACUCUUCUUCGCCGAGAACUGUACGAGCAUUUUGAGCGAGAGCACACGGCCUGUACAGGUGAGCCUGCUGGCUGCGCUAACCAAGUACGUGGAGCGCUUGUACAUCUUCGACGAGACAGCCCAGCUACCCGACAUAGCGCUCGAGCGCAACAAUCUGGAAAAGAAGCCGAAGACGGAGGCGCCACCAUUGCAGACACGCGAGGCCAUCGUGCAGAAGAUCUGCAGUGAUGUCCUGGCCGCUGUCACUCUAGCUGCCGGCGUACCCCAUACAGGACUCAAAAAGGAGGCACUCAACAUCGUUCUGAUGCUGAUCAAGCGUCUCAGCCUGACCAGGGAUCAGUCUACGUUGGCGCUGCUCAAGCAAAAUUUCGAAGCGAAUCUGAGCAAAUUUCAACGCGACUCAGCACCCGAGGUGCGCUGUCGCAUCAAGGACAUUGAGGAGAAGCUGGCACGACUCGAACAGCAUCCCAACUAAGA